AUGGAUUUAGGUUAUAAAUUAAAAAUAGAAAAUCCAAGAAAACGCGCCAAUAUCUUCUCGAAGGUUUUCUUUGGAUGGCUCGUACCACUUAUUCGCCAAGGAUGGAAAAGAACCUUAGACUUAAAAUCCCUAUACAAAGCGUUAGAUGCAGAUAAAUCAGGAGACCUGGCAAAUCGUGUGGAUAAGAAUUGGAAGGAAGAAUUAAAAUUGUCCGAAGAAAGAAAGAAAACGCCCAGCUUGUUCAAAGUUGUGGCGAAAACGUUCUAUGUUGAAUUCAUAAUUUCGGGAUUGAUGUGGUUUUUCGCAAUAGGCGUGCUCUCAACAAUAAAACCAUUGAUUCUCCAACGAAUAAUUCUACUGUUUAACAUUCCUCGAACUGACGAAAGAGCCAAAGAAUUGUACAUUUUUUCCAGCCUUUUAAUAGGACUAAUAUUCACAGCAUCGAUUCUGUUCCAUCACACCAACUUAAGAAAUUGCCUAAUCGGCAUGAGAAUCAGAAUUGCUAUUUCAUCGUUGAUUUACAGAAAGAUAACCAAGUUGAAUUUGACUUCAUUGGAUAAAACAGCUUCAGGACAAGUGAUUAACUUGCUAUCGAACGAUGUGAGUCGCUUCGAUUUUGUCGCAGUAUUCAUUCACGCUAUUUGGGUGAUGCCCAUUCAGCUGGUAGUGUUGGGAUACUGGAUGUGGGUCCAAGUUGGUAUUUCUUCCUUGACAGGAAUUAUAUCCUUAGCUUUAGUCAGCAUACCUCUACAAGGAUACUUGGCGAAGGUUAUUGGCCAGCUGAGGUUUUCGAUAUCCAAAAAAACGGAUAAAAGAAUAAAAAUCAUGACGGAAAUCCUAAACGUAAUGCAGGCGAUAAAAAUGUACACAUGGGAGAAGCCGUUUCAAAAAGUUGUCAAGGAAUUCCGUCGCUCGGAAAUGAAGGAUAUUGGAAAUAUAUGUUACAUAAGAGGAGUUUACGCAACCUGCGGAGUAAUUAAUGAAAGAUUAUCGCUUUUUUUCACCAUCAUCACCUUUGUCUUAUUAGGAAACCGCAUUUCAGCCGAUUUGGUAUUCUCGAUUUCGCAGGCUUUUAACAUAUUGCAACUAAUGAUGGCAAUGUAUUUUCCUAUGGCUUUGAGUAUGCUAGAAGAAUCCCUAAUUUCUCUAAAAAGAUUGCAAGAAUUUCUACUAAUGGAAGAAAAAAAAUCAGCCAAGCACAUUGAAAACAUACAGAAUAAAGGAAUUAUUUUAAAGGGGAUAAACGCAUCUUGGUCUGAUGAUAGAAGGGCAUUAAAAGAUAUAUUCCUGCAGAUUCCUCCUGGUUCUUUGUGUAUAGUAAUCGGCUCUGUUGGCAGCGGCAAAAGUUCCUUACUACAGGUCCUUUUGGGCGAAUUAGCUCCAACAUCAGGAAGAAUCCAAGUCGGGGGAGAAAUCUCUUACUGCUCCCAGCAACCAUGGCUAUUUCAAUCCACAGUCCGCAAUAACAUAAUCUUCGGCACGCCUUUUGACAAAGAGUGGUACGAGAAAGUGGUGAAAGUGUGCGCUUUGGUGAAAGACUUCGAUCAAUUUCCUCAAGGCGACCUCACGAUCGUCGGGGAACGGGGCGUAUCCCUCAGCGGCGGCCAAAGAGCCAGGAUCAACCUUGCCAGGGCUAUUUACAGACAAGCGGACAUAUAUUUCCUGGACGAUCCUCUGUCGGCUGUGGACACGCACGUUGGAAAGCAUUUAUUCGACGAAUGCAUUUACAAGCAUUUGAAGGGGAAGACCAGGGUGUUGGUUACUCAUCAGUUGCAGUAUUUGAAAAAAGCGGGGCUGAUUGUCCUUAUGAAUCAUGGUAAAAUCGAAGCACAAGGAACGUUUGAGGAGCUUUCCAACAUGAAGUUAGAUUUUACGCAAUUAGUGGGUGCUGAUGAAGAAGAAGAGAAACGAGACGAAACUGAAGUCGAAAAAGUGGAAAUCUACAAACGUAGAAUAUCUAAUUUGUCUCUUGAGAGUUCAAUUUCAGAUUCGUUUAUUGAAAAGGAAGAACCCAUAGAGGAGGAAGUAAUAGAUACAGACAGUAAGCCUCUCCUGGGUUACUUAAAAGCUAGCCAAAAAUUUGCUACAAUUAUUUUGGCUGGGAUAGUAGCGAUUUUGGGACAAGCAUUUUGCGCAAGUAAUGAUCUUUGGGUAGCAUAUUGGACGAAUAACGAGAGAAAACGCUACUCAAAUAUCUUAUCCAGUACAAAUAAUUCCGAUCCGAGCCAAGCUCGAGAAAAUCGCAUUGCGAAUAUUUCAUUAAAUGCAUUUUUCGAGGAAAUGGAAGUCGAUGGCACAGUGGAAAGUGUUCUCAAAACUGACGUGGGAAUGAUAAUUUACUCCAUUUUAUUGUUAAUGGCUUUUACUCUAACAAUAUCGAGAUCGAUUUUGUUUUGCAAUGUGUGCAAAUCGUCGUCUAUUAAUUUGCACACUGACAUCUUUCGGCGUUUACUUCAAGCCCCUAUGAGGUUCUUCGAUGUAAAUCCCAGCGGUAGAAUUCUCAAUAGAUUUUCCAAAGACAUGGGCGCUGUAGAUGAGGUUUUGCCCAGGGUUUUCAUGUUAUCUGCGCAAGUUGUUCUCGUAAUGUGCGGUAUAUUAGUGAACAUUUCAAUUUCGAAUACUUAUUUCAUAAUUGCUAUGGUAUUUCUGCUGGCAAUAUUUUAUAUAUGCAGCAAAUUUUUUAUAGCAACUACUAAGGCUUUAAAACACAUCGAAGGAAUCGCGAAAUCGCCAGUAUUUUCGCACAUCAACUCCACCCUUGGCGGUGUAACUACCAUAAGAGCUUCGAAAACAGAAGAUGCUUUAAUCGAUGAAUUUGACCAACACCAAGAUGUUCAUACAGCCUCUUGGUUUUUACUAACGUCUGUAACAAGUGCCUUCGGUGUUUGGGUAGACCUUGUAUGCGUUAUAUUCAUCGCAGUGGUAACGUUUGGUUUCGUCUUACUAUACACCUUUACUGAGGUCAAUGGAAGCCUCAUCGGUCUGGCCGUGUCCCAAUCGAUAAUCCUCACUGGUAUGAUGCAAAGCGGAAUGCGCACAAUUGCAGAAACAGUUAACCAACUUACAAGCGUUGAAAGAGUCUUGCAAUAUACUAAAAUAGAUAGCGAGGGACCCUUUGACACUCCUAAAGCGAAUGAGCCAAAAGUGGAAUGGCCCAGUAAAGGUCUAAUAGAAUUCAAACAAUUAAGUCUAAGAUAUGUCAUUAGCGAUCCACCGGUUUUGCAUAGUCUCAACUUUACUGCUUUACCCGGGGAAAAGAUUGGAAUCGUAGGUCGUACAGGAGCUGGAAAAUCAUCCAUAAUAGCCGCAUUGUUCCAUCUAGCUCCACUGGAAGGUUCGAUUUUAAUAGACGGAAUCAACACGAAAGACCUGGGUCUGACAGAUUUGAGAAAGAAAAUUUCAAUCAUACCUCAAGAAGCCGCCCUGUUCUCGGGGACAAUGAGGUACAAUUUGGAUCCCAAUGGAGAGUACGAAGACAAGGAAAUAUGGAAGGUUUUGGAGGAACUGGAUUUGAAGGAUAGCAUAGAAUCUUUGGAUGGUAGCGUUUCUGAAGGGGGAAGAAAUAUUAGCUCCGGUCAAAAACAGCUCAUCUGUUUGGCCAGAGCUGCAUUAAGAAAUAAUAAAAUUCUUAUACUAGAUGAGGCGACAGCCAAUGUUGAUCACCAUACUGAUGCAUUUAUACAGCAAACCAUCCGCAGCAAAUUUAAGGAUUGCACAGUUCUGACCAUUGCUCACAGAUUGAACACCAUUAUGGAUUCCGAUAGAGUAUUAGUGAUGAGUUUCGGGUCUAUAGUGGAAUUCGAUCAUCCCCACAAACUCCUACAAAUCCCAGACGGACAUUUCCACAAAAUGGUGCUGGAAACUGGACCGACAAUGACUGAGGAAUUGAAAGAAAUCGCUUAUAAAUCGUAUUUGGAUAAAGGACUUUAG